AUGGGUCCCCUCAACCUUGGGUCAAUCCAGGUGCUGCCGGUGGUGCUCUCUGGCAAACUUGUCUGCUAUCGAGCAGCAGCCAGCAGAGAGCAGAGCAGCAGCAGUCCAGUAGGCAGCAGCGGCCAGCCACAGACACAGCACCACAUUGGUGGGAGGCCGGAGCCUAGAGCGCCGGACGGGGGCACAGGCGGCCGGCCGGCCGCAGGGGGCAGACGGGCAGCAUGGCGCCGCACUGGCCGUGGCCGGGAAGAAGAGGGGGUCCGGGGGAAGCGUGUUCACGAGGAGGACAGGUUCCGGGCCGCCUCGCCGGGCAGAUCCCAGCGCCGCUUCGCCGCGGCCCCGGGGUCCCCGCACCCGCCGCCGUUGGCCUCCGCCACGGCCGGCGUGGUGCCGACCGUCGGGUGCCCGGACAGUCAGCUCCCCCGCGCAGCGCACCUCCUGCUCCCGCCGACUGACUCAGCGGAGGCGUCCCCCCCCCCUCGCGCGUCCCCGCCUCGCUUCUUGCCGGGUAGAUCCCAGCGCCGCCUCGCCACGGCCCCGGGGUCCCCGCACCGGCCGCCGUUAGCCUCCGCCGCGGCCGACGUGGUGCCGACCGUUGGGUGCCCGGACAUUCAGCUCCCCCGCGCCGCGCACCUCCCGCUCCCACCGACUGAGUCAGCGGAGGCGUCCGCCGCCUCCCCGCGUCCUCGCCUCGCGUCCCUCGCCGCACCCACCACCGGACACCGUGCGUCGCCUCGCUUCGCGCAGCCCCUCCUCUGCCAAGCCAGGUGCUCAAAGCUCACGGUCCGGCAGCUGGUCCGUACGCUUUGGGUGGAUAAAGAAGGAAUCGAGGGCCCAUAUAAUAAUAUAUGA